AUGCAGAACAGUCACAGCGGAGUGAAUCAGCUUGGUGGUGUCUUUGUCAACGGGCGGCCACUGCCGGACUCCACCAGGCAGAAGAUCGUAGAGCUAGCUCACAGCGGGGCCCGGCCGUGCGACAUUUCCCGAAUUCUGCAGGUGAUCCUCCCGUGGCUGUCCCACUCGCUGCCCCCUACCCCUGCCCCCGCGGCCGCCCUCUUUUCAUUUCUUACUACCCAUGCAGAUGCAAAAGUCCAAGUGCUGGACAAUGAAAACGUGUCCAACGGAUGUGUGAGUAAAAUUCUGGGCAGGUAUUACGAGACUGGCUCCAUCAGACCCAGGGCAAUCGGAGGUAGUAAACCAAGAGUAGCGACUCCAGAAGUUGUAAGCAAAAUAGCCCAGUAUAAACGGGAGUGCCCGUCCAUCUUUGCUUGGGAAAUCCGAGACAGAUUAUUAUCCGAGGGGGUCUGUACCAACGAUAACAUACCCAGUGUAUCAUCAAUAAACAGAGUUCUUCGCAACCUGGCUAGCGAAAAGCAACAGAUGGGCGCAGACGGCAUGUAUGAUAAACUAAGGAUGUUGAACGGGCAGACCGGAAGCUGGGGCACGCGCCCUGGUUGGUAUCCCGGGACUUCAGUACCAGGGCAACCUACACAAGAUGGCUGCCAGCAACAGGAAGGCGGGGGAGAGAACACCAACUCCAUCAGUUCAAACGGAGAAGACUCCGAUGAGGCUCAAAUGAGGCUUCAGCUGAAGCGGAAGCUGCAGAGAAAUAGAACGUCCUUUACCCAAGAGCAGAUUGAGGCUCUGGAGAAAGAGUUUGAGAGGACCCAUUAUCCAGAUGUGUUUGCCCGGGAAAGACUAGCAGCCAAAAUCGAUCUACCUGAAGCCAGAAUACAGGUAUGGUUUUCUAAUCGAAGGGCCAAAUGGAGAAGAGAGGAAAAACUGAGGAACCAGAGAAGACAGGCCAGCAACACCCCUAGUCACAUCCCCAUCAGCAGCAGUUUCAGCACCAGUGUCUACCAGCCGAUUCCACAGCCCACCACGCCUGUUUCCUCCUUCACAUCAGGCUCCAUGUUGGGCCGAACAGACACCGCCCUCACCAACACGUACAGUGCUCUGCCACCUAUGCCCAGCUUCACCAUGGCAAACAACCUGCCUAUGCAACCCCCAGUUCCCAGCCAGACCUCUUCAUACUCCUGCAUGCUACCCACCAGCCCUUCGGUAAAUGGGCGGAGUUAUGAUACCUACACCCCUCCGCACAUGCAAACACACAUGAACAGUCAGCCCAUGGGUACCUCGGGGACCACUUCAACAGGACUCAUUUCCCCUGGAGUGUCAGUCCCUGUCCAAGUUCCUGGAAGUGAACCUGACAUGUCUCAGUACUGGCCCCGAUUACAGUAA